AUGUUAGACUGCAUUAAUUCCUUACAGAUUGGAGGAGAGGACACAAAUAUCACAUUCGAAGAUCAACAACAGAUAAACACGUUCGCACGAAAAACUGCAAGAAUGCAAGAACUUCAGGACGAAAUAGACGCGAAAAAGGUAUGCAAGAAGGCGCAGCAUAAAAAAGGGGCAGCAUUUCUUGGAAGCUCUGGAGUAAUGCUCCGUGGUUUAAGAUAAUGAUUUUCACUUUUUGCAACCUUCCUAAAAGAGCCUCACUGAGCUAUUCUUGGUUUGCAACCACGUGACAAGGCGACCAUGUUGGGGGGUCAAUACAAUAGAAAUUUUACUCGAAAAAUGUACAUCAAAAUGGAGUUUAGUUCCCAGGGGAGAGAAGUGCUUUUGUUCUUGACCGCCAACAUGGCCCCUGUGGCAUCACAUGCAAACCAGCGAUAUUAAAUUUAAUUAAGCUUAUAUUACUAUAUUUUUGCUUCUGUCUCUGCAGAAAGAACUUCAGAAUCUUGAGGAUGCUGGUGAUGAGCUUUUGAUGUUAGAGGACGACACAGCACCAAUACCAUAUCCUUAUUUUCUUUUUUAAAAAAUACAAUGCUCGCCUGUGCAUUCUGUGGUACCUAAGCUUUGAGCCAUCGCGAGUACUCAUCAUCUGACCCUCACUUCUGCCAUAAAGGGCAAGUAAGAGUACUCUCAUCAAGCAAGGUUUUGACUCAAGUAUGUACAAAACUCAGACCGGAUCAACUCAUUCACUUUACACAUGGGGAAAACAAUGGGAACUUUUGUCUCAUAAGUAUUUAAAUCGGGUGAUCCAGUCCAAGUUUUGUUCCCACCUUUUUUGAUUGUGCAUUUCCCCUGAUCAUACAACACACUGAAAAACCAAAGCUCAUUAUCUACCUUAUGCGGGUCUUUAAUUUUUUGUGUGUUUUUUUCUUUACAAUUGAAAAAAAAAAAAAACAGAACUAACUUGUAAUAUUGCAACAACAUAUACAGAAUAUAUCAACAAACACAAAUUGCUUACUAGUUUUACUGGUAAGCUCAUAUUUGUAUCUUCAGUUUUGAAAUAACGUUAGCUUGCAAAGAUUUCACACAUUUCUUGUGCCAGUUCAUCUAAAAAUAUAAUUAAAAUCCUGUGAAAAACCCUCUCAUCAAAAUUGCGAAAUUAAGUGCCAAUAAGGUAUCUAUAUUACACUUACCCUAUCUACGCCAUUAACAUCAACCACUGUGCCGCCCUUGGGUACGUUUUCAAAGAAGGCUGUGCUCUUAGAAAAAUUGUAGGGAGCCCAAAGCUCUGAACCCAGCUGGAAAAUUUAGGGUCCUCAGUUUAAUGAGUUUUAUGCAAAACCUUAGAUUUCCUAGUUGCCUAAGGAUAAAGGUGAGUACAAGGCAGGGGGCUCACGGGGCUGUUCUUUUACUCGUUCCUUGCACUGGCUAAUAGUAAUAAGACUGGUAUUGCAAGACCUCUUUUGGGUAGGUUAGUCGCAAAUGUUGUCAGAGAAAAGGAAACAUGUGGACUCUUACAGUUUUAUUCUGCAUUAUAGCAGACAUUGCUUCUGAAUCAGGCUAAGGUCAUGCUUCUUUUAAGGGUAAUUUUGGCUACUACCAAACACACUUGUGACUGAAAUUUAACAAAUCACAAUAACGAGCAGCUUAAAACAGUAAAGGAAUGCAAAAAUACAGGAAAGCUGAAAAAGAACAUGGACUAGUAGACUUGAAAACCAGAUGUCCACUUUUUUUAGUUUGUCUCAUUUCGUUAUUUGUAGGUGUUACUUAUAAUUCUCUAGAAUGAUCUAUUUGUUGUAUAUAGUGUCAGAGAAUGCUAUCGGUGAAAGGCAUUUCUCCAAUACUAGUUCACAGUUUAAGACUUGUAUUUGUCAAAAGUCAUAGAAAAGUACAAUGACCAAGACUAUUUUAGUCUCUUACAGCUUGAAUUAAAAUUUUAGCCUAUUAGGGCUCCAAUUUUACCAAACCUCCCCCUGGCCAACCCAUUUCCUUUUUUGAGGGGACCUUUUUGCAUGGAGUUUUAAAGUCUACCAGGAAACAAUCCUACAUAGCUGGCAGGAUUGUUACAUGCAGGGUACAUGUACUUUUUGGGGCGGAGCUGUGAAGGAUUUUUGUUAGCAGCAAAACCCUGCCAGCUUUGCAGGCUACCAGAAAACUUUGUCUGAUUUAAUUUUGCAGAAAAGUUGUUUGCUUUCUUAACACUCCUUACUUAUAGAAUAGGGGAGGUGUUCAUUCACCUGUCUUCAGAGGAAACUCAGGAGUACCUGGAGAAUGCAAAAUCCAAGUUACAGGAAGAAGUCAAAUCUCUAGAGUCACAGUCUGGAGAAGUCAAGGCUCUUUUAGGAGAUUUGAAAGUGAAACUUUAUGCCAAGUUUGGUAAUAACAUAAAUUUAGAGGCAGAGGAAGAAUGA